AUGGAUCGUAAGAGUUUCUUGGAUCAAGAGGCUCCCGUCGGGUAUGUUGCUGGUCUCGGCCGUGGAGCAACAGGCUUCACGACGCAGCAGGACAUAGGAGACGCCAGACUAGAGUUUACGAACAUCGAAGACGGAUACGACGAUAAAUACCAGGAUGUGUCGGGUGAUGAAGCAGGUUUGUUGGGAGACGACCAAGUAGAUGAGAGUGACUUGAUUUAUGAGUCUAUUGAGGCCAAAUUAAGAAACAAAAAGAGAAAGAGGAAAGGUGGUGAUGAAGAAGUGGCCUUGAACAAUGAAGGUGAAGAUGUGUCUUCAUCCAUAAGCGCGAUAGGGCUGCAAUUCCAGGAUCUGAAAAGGGACUUGUCUCAGGUGGAUAGAGAACAGUGGCUCAAUCUUCCUGAAUCUGGAGAUUUCACAAGGAAAAAUAAGAGGUCCAAGAUGUUGUUGCAGGAACAACAGCGAUUCUACCGUGCUCCUGAUAGUGUGAUUGGAGGCGACCAGACGAUGAACUCCGAGGAGACUGAUCUCAGGAAGAUUCAGCUUGCAAAGGACAGAUUAUUGGAGUUAAAGCUGGAUAAUAGCCAGUUGGCUGUUGGUAAUGGUAAUGCCUUCAAUACUGGUCAGAACUUGGAUUCCUCAAAGUACCUGAAUGACCUCUCGUUGAUAGAAUAUAGACCACAGGAGGUUGGUGACUACCAAAGGAUGAAGCUUGCGCUGGCAAAUUUGCGAAAGGUUGAGCCCAAAAACGGAAACGUUUGGAUCUCGUCAGCCAGACUGGAGGAACAGUUCAAGAAGUUCAAAAGUGCAAAAAGCCUGAUUUCCCAGGGUUGUCAGGUUUGCGUUCAUUCUGAGGAUGUGUGGCUUGAAAAUGUUAGGCUUAAUCUUUCAGAUAUUGCAGUUGCUAAGUCAAUUGUAGCCGAGGGUCUGCGAUUCAACUCAACCAGUUUUAGGUUGUGGUUCCAGGCAUACAUGUUGGAGUCGGCGGAAUUAAACAAGAAAAGAGUGCUCCAGAAAGCGCUGGAGAAUAUUCCCGACAAUGCUGUCCUUUGGUUUGAGCUUAUUAAGUAUCAGGACGAUGAUGGAGUCAUUAGACUGUUGCAAAAGGCCGUGGAGCUGAUACCCAACGAACUCUCGCUUUGGUUGAAAUUGAUUUCUGUCUCACCCUACGAUGAAGCCAAAGCAUUGCUCAACAAAUCACGCAAGCAAUUUGGCGAAUUGAAAGAGAUCUGGAUGAAGGCCUUCCAACUGUGCGAGAAGUUCGACCCAUCUCAUUUGCCAGGCUUGGUAACGAGAGGUGUUUCCAAAGCGAGCGACCCCGCCAUCAAUUGGCUAGAGGGACUUGAUAAUGAGUACCCUGAAACAUGCAAGCUACUUAUAUCGACUGUUGAGGUGACAGUAGAGGAACUGGCUAAGCUGGUGGAGACUUAUAAGUCAAAGGACGAACAUGACAUAGUCAGGUUAUUGUACCAAGAGCUCAGCAGGAAAGACGCAGAUUAUUGGGAGGACUAUCUCGAGUUUGAGCAAACGAAUGGAAGUCUUGCCGACCAAGAUGCUUGCUACAAGGAGCUGACCUCUACUCAGCCACAAUGCAUGAAUUAUUUAAGAUACGCCAAAUUCAGAUGGCAGGAACUUGGUGAUCUUGAAGCCACGGCAGAGACGUUGUACAGUUGUCUUUCGCAGUUCCCUGAUGAUGAAGAAGUAUACUUUGCCAUAGUUAAGUUUGAAAAUUCACGUGAGAACUGGGCUGAAGUGGAGGAUACCUUGGUGAAAGCACUGGACCGACUAGGCACAGAAAGAAGCUACUACAAACUGGUUAACUUCUACAGGUGUAACGACAAUGUUCCAGAAGCAUUAAAAUUAGCCAACGAAGGCCUGACAAAAUACCCACAGAGCUGGAAGCUUCAUCUGCAGAGGCUGCAGAUGCUGCAAGGUGAUGGUGGAGUUGAUGCAUACGAAGACGCAGUUAGCCAAUGCCCUCAUAGUGUGCCCAUAUGGGUCGCCUACUCCAGAUACUACGAAUCCAAGAACAUCACCAUCAGGGCCCGAUCAAUUUUGGAGAAGGCUGAGAUUCUUAAUCCGCAAAAUGAGGCUCUGUUACUGGAACAGGUGAUGCUUGAGAGUAGGACCAGUGGACCAGGCCAAGCUCAGUUCAAGUUAGUGAAAAACCUCAAGAGCUUACCCAAUUCACCAAAGCUGCUGGGGCUACAAUUGCAAUUUCUCGACACCAAAUCCAAGCGGAAACAGGCGUAUAUCAGCGAUCUGAAACUCACCCAGGAAGACUCUGUGGUCAUUCUGGAAAUUGCAAAGUCGCUCUGGCUGAAAGAUGCCAAUGUCGGAAAAGCAAAAUCGUUCUUCGACAUGGCACUUUCCAAAGAUGAAUAUAAUGGCGAUGUCUAUGGAUGGUACUACCUGUUUCUGACAAAACACGGCGACGAAGAAGAAAAAGAGCACCUCUUGGACAAGUUUGUGAAAGCCGAGCCGUUUAGAGGUGACUCUUUCAACGCUUUCAAGAAACAGAUUGCCAACCAGAGAAAGACACCGCAGGCUCUGUUGAUUGAGUUUGUUACGCAAAUCUCAAAGCACUAG